AUGUUCGACGAGGACAAGAUGCAAAGUGCUUCGACGCAGAACGUGCGCCAACCACCAACUGUUCAGCUUCACGCUCUCUCGGCUGGCCAUUUCGCCCUUCCCGAGGAGCAAUUUCACGAGUGUCCUAGUACCCGACGCACAACCCGCAUUGUCUUCGACCUUGGCCUGCGAAGGGACACAGCGCGGUAUCCCCAACCGAUCCAGAACCACAUCCAGACUCGGCAGCCACUGACCACAGAUCCUGAUGUGGUCAAAAGUCUGAGACACGGGGGUCUAUCCCCUGAUGAUAUAGACUAUGUCAUGUACUCGCAUGUUCACUGGGAUCAUGUUGGCGAGCCUAGGGACUUUCCACGAAGCACGUUCGUCGUUGGGAACGGGUCGCUUGAUGUGCUCCAUGGCAGGUCUGUGACCCUGCGAGGAAACCAUUCUUUCUUCGAGGCAGACCUGCUUGACCCAACUCGAACCAUCGAAUUGUCUGAUCCAGGUUCAAAGGAGGAGAGUUCGGCGCAUACCGGGACACCUAAUGGCUCUUCCCCGCACUCGAUCUUCUCGAAGCCAUGGCAAGCCCUAGACCAUCUCCCCUCUGUCCUUGACAUAUUCGGGGAUGGAAGCCUCUACAUCGUUGAUGCUCCCGGCCACUUGCCAGGCCACAUCAAUCUCCUCGCCCGCGUGGCCGAUACCAACGCGCCGAGCGGCACCAGGUUUGUGUAUCUAGCGGGCGACGCUUGUCACGACCGACGCAUCCUAUGCAAUGAGAAGGAGAUAGGCGAGUGGGAUGAUGCUCAGGGGCAUCGGUGCUGCAUCCAUGCUGACCGGCCCAAGGCCGAGGAAACCAUCCAGCGGAUCAGAGUCCUGGAAUCUCAGGGGGCCGAGGUUAUUCUCGCGCAUGACUCGGACUGGGAAGGCAAUGAGAGGAACAGGAGUCGGUUCUUUGGAGCGAGUCCAGCGACGCCUAAAGCAAAGCUGAGCUGA